CUUUCCUCUUUCUUUCCGUUGUUGUAGAAAAUGUGACAACUCUAUAUCUAACCAGUUUGGAGUUUGAAUUUCGAUUUCAGAGGGAAGGUCAAGUAUCGCGCUAGAUCUUUCGAGUUGUUGUACUAACAUUAGUAGAUGGAUUUGAACGCAGAAAUCAGCUUGCCACACAAUGCGGGGGUCAAAACUUUGUAUGAAUCAGACCUAGAAGAUGAAAACUACUCAUCUGUGGAGACCUACGGCAUUAGAGAACGCAGGCGUAAGUUGCAUACUGAAGCAGAGCAGCGUCGUCGAAAUGCCAUUAAGAGGGGUUUCGAAGGGUUAUUAGAGCUCAUCCAUCCAACAAAAAAUGAGUCACUUUCUCCAUCUGUUAGGAUGAGUAAAUCAAGCAUAUUACAUAAAGCUAUCUAUAUGAUUGAAAGGCUUGGAAAGCAAAAGCACCAGAAAUUGUCAGAAGUCGAAAGUUUAGAAAAGGAGGUUAAAGCUCUUCGAAUACUAUGCUUGAAUUAUGAGAAAAUAGUUCAAAACAGUCCAAAUUACGAAUGUAUGUCUGUUGAACCGAUUCCAGAUGAUACAAAGCUAGAAGUGUUUCGAGUGUUUUUUGACACCAUGUUCCGUUCAUUUGACAAUUACAUUGUAUUCAAUUCUUUUACUGACCUCUCAGCAUCAGUGAUAAAAUGGAUUGAAGAGAGCUGUAAACCUGAGAAAAUGGCAUUUCUCAUGGAUUCUGUCCUAACUAAUAUUUUUAACCAGACUACUGAAAUGUCUUCCGUUAGCAGUCGAAAAUUACAGUGUGAUACUUUACCAAUUUAUACAGAUUGUAGUACCAAUGAUUGUCAGAAUCGCUCCGAAUCUAUCGGAUCCAUACACCCUUCAGCAGAGUCAUUACUUCAAAUCAAUCCGUUAAUAGGUCAAUCUUCAGUUUACACUUAUUCAUCUAAUAAUCUACAAACACUUACACUUACACCAACUACUAACAUUAAUAAUUCCACAGUUGGUACUGAGAAGCGCACUCAACUUAAUCCAAAAUUUCCUAUAAUUCCUCAAGGUAAUUCCCAUUCGAAUAAAUUAAAUAUUGUUCGAUGUCCACCUCCACUUCCACCAGCACCAGAAUCUGUUACUACUCAAUCACAAGUCAGUCAUAUCGAUGUGAACUUUAAACAAUGUGGGCAGCCAUCAAAAGAUAUACGUGAAGGUGAUAAUGCAUUUUAUAAUUUUAAUUCAAUGAUUCCUAAGAAUGGUAAUUCUACAGUGGUAGUUAUUGAUCAGUCAUCUUUACUCACUGAUGAUCAAGUCAAACAUGACAUUACAUCAACAUCAUCGUCAUCAUCACCUCAUAUAAUAAACUCUUCUUGUAACUUAAUCAUGAAUGAGAGGAAUUUACCUAGAGAGUUGUCGUCAUUGCAUAAUUCUAGUCACGUCCAACAGUAUAAAGAGUUUAUUGACGAUUUAUUAUGAUUAAUUUUUUAAUAUAAUCAUCAUAUUCUAUUUUUUCUAUUAAUUUAUAAUCGACUCAAGAGUUCUUUCACUGUCUUUAUCCUCUUUCAACUGAAUCCACACUUGAUCAAAAACACACACACACACAUACUUUCAUUUUCAAGAUUUAUACAUAUUUAGUUAUUGUGUACCAAAUCUAUUUUUAUUUAUCUUGCUCAAUCUUCCUCCACAUCCCAUUCUGUGAUAUACACAGUGUAAACUCAAGUUUAAUCUCCGCUAAUUGUAGAAAUCCAAUCAAAAUUAUUGACUCAUUUAUUUGUUUAUUUGUUCAUUCACAUGCUUGGCUAUCGUAAUUCCUCUUCUGUCUCUGUAUUUUGUUAUCACAUGUAUUAUUACUAUUGUUAAUAUUACAAUUUGACGGCUUUGUCUUUCGGCAUUAUUCUAUUAACAUACUUAUUGAGCGUACUUAUGAAGAAAGACAAAUGACUGAAUAUCAUCAAUUCUACUUGUUUCUUUAGCGACUAUGUAUUCUCUAGUGAGGUAUGUUGGAGGUUAUCUGUGAUGAGAUGAUGCCUGUAUUUUCUUUCCUGUUAUCUUUGAUUUCUCCUUCUGGUUAACAACGAUUUGUAUUUGAUUAUCUAACCAAUCUUUUUUUCUAUCUUGAACUAUCAUUAUUUCAUGCUUUGUUUAUCUUCUUUUACCCCAAACAAUCAUUUUACAUCUCAGCAAACUAAUAAUAUCAAAAGAGAAAAUACACAAAACUUGUGAACUAUGACAAGUUGGUUGAGUUUUUUAUGGUAAAAAAUACACGUCCUGAGAUUUUUUA